AGGCAGCCCUGCCAGGCCGGGGUUAUCAGCUGAGGAGGCCUGUACCAUCUCCACACGGCUCUGUCCUGCGAAACAAACAAAACAGCUGAAGGCGGAGAGUGGAGCAGAAACACAAGAGGCUGCCGAGCAGCAGCAGCAGUAAGGACAGCCGCCGCCCCUGCCCACCGCUCGCCAGGCCAGUCCCAGCUCUCCAGCUAAAUGCCCCCUGGCACUGCCCCGGCUCUCACUCCACGUCAGCCAUGUUCAAGCCAGUGAAGUGGGAAAGCUGGUUGGACUCCUUAUUGACCAAGAGGAUCAAGAAUCUGCUGGCCAAGGCUCUCUACGACAAUGUGGCCGAGUGUUCCGACGAGCUGGCGUUCCGGAAGGGCGACAUCCUGAUGGUGCUUGAGCAGAACGUGGCCGGCAGCCAUGGCUGGUGGAAGUGCUCUUUGCAUGGGCAGCAGGGGCUCGCUCCCGCCAAUCGGCUCCACCUCCUGCCCCCCUCUCAGGCCGAGGUCCUGCCCGGUGGGUCGGAAGUGGGCUGUCUGACCGCCUGCGCCGACGGUCCCCCCGCCCUGGAUACACUGCUCAGCCGCAGCCCCCAGAACAUCUACCAGAUCCCUUCUGCCCCGCGUCAGGCCUCCAGCCCAGCCUACGAGAUCAUGGACAGCGUCUACAAAGUGCCCUCUACCCCGCAGCAAGCUGCCCGAGGCCUCUCGCCCUCCCCGAGCAGGAAACCCUCCGAGAGGCCAGGGGACUCUCCCAGCAAGGCAUGUAUGUCACUUGGGGGGAUGACAAGUUGUGUCCCCAGACUCUCCUGCCCCAGCAAGGAAGUAUAUGAUGUCCCAACACUAAGUCGUCGGAGCUCUCUCUUCACGAUGCCAGCUACCCGGCCAAUGACAAGGAAGACCUCCUUAUUCACAACCCGCUCUGAGCUUCAACAGACCUACGAAAUUCUCGAGAGUGCCAAGGACAGCGCUGCCAACGUGAGCAAUGUCUAUGCUGUUCCACCCUCAGUCCACCAGGAUCCCUGCUAUGACAUCCCCACAUCAUUGACAGAUGAGGCUCAGAAGAGGCUGGCAGGCGGAUAUAGCACCCUUCCCAACCCACGCAAGUCUGAGUGGAUCUAUGAUGUCCCUGUUACGCCAGAGAAACAAGACUUGAAUCAAGAAUCCUGUAGCACACUGCCCACAAAGGGACCAGCAAGUGGGAGGCAGCUCUUCUAUGAUACUUUGCCUGCCCGCAUUGGGAGUCCCCAAAACCCCACUCUGACCCACUCUUUAUAUGACAUCCCUAAGCCCAGCACUGAUCUAAGACAACCCCAAGGGAACGGAAGUCCCCCCGAUGCUCAAAACAAAGGUCCUGUGUACAAAAUCUUCCAUUCCCGGGUAAAGAAUGAGGGGUCUUUUCAUCUAGUUCCCCCAACUAUCCAGGAGCAAGUCAUCCCCAGAUACCCCAGUGAUGCCCUGCGAGGCCAUGUGCCCACGCUGCGUAGGGGGAUGCCCGGCCCAAUGAACGACUUGCCCCAUGGGUUUCCUGGGAGGGAGGAGGUGAGCUCAGGCUCACACCCCCUUUACGACGUGCCCACUUCAAGGGACUCUCUUCUGCAGGGUGGGGAGGAGGACAGGGAGGCACCAUGCGUGUCGGGGGUGGACAGCCAGCGCAGCAGCACAGUUUCCACUUCCUCUACCUCUUCCACCUCCUCGGCCAGCUCCUGUGACUCUGCAGCGCUGAGCUCCUCAUCCCCAGAGCCUGUCCGAGAGGUGACACUCACUCAGGAGGAGGCCAGCAAGCGGCUGGUGGAGCUACAAGAGGCGGUGUGCCGGGCUGUGUCACGACUCAUGGUUUUCGUGAGCAGCCUCUGGAGGAGCAGGGAGCACCUCAGUGUGCACUUGGAGGAGGUCCGCAGCGCGACUGAGGACAUCGCCGGCUCGCUCACCGACUUCAUGAGCUUCGCCGCUGACGUGAGGGGCAACGCCAGGCGGCUGACAGACGCCAACCUGCAGGGCCGGCUCCACAAGCAGCUGGCCAUCGUGGUCGACUCUGGUCUCAUCCUGCGUGAGGCUGAGAGGAUACUGAAGCAGGACGGCUGGCGGCUGGACACCCUCGCCCAGGACCCCAGCCAGGCCACGCCCCCUGACCAGCUGGACCGUUUUGUCAUGGUGGCCCGUACGGUGCCCGAAGACGUCAAGCGGCUGGUGUCCAUUCUCAACGCCAAUGGCAAACUGCUUUUCAGGCCUUCGCAGAAAGAGGCAGACACCCCCACGACCAUCAGUGAAUCAGAUAAGAAGAAGAAGAUCUUUGCCGGGUGUAAAGAGACAAGUGACUCGGGAGGAGAAGACAAUGACUACGUACAGCUGCAGAGGAAGGAGGAGUUCGAACAGCAAAGGAGACUUCAGCUGGAGAACAAGAGGUCAAAGUUAGGCAGCCAAAACUCUUCUGAACAACAGGUAGAGCCAAAGAAGACAGCCCCAUGUUCUCCAAGGAAAGCUGAAGAGAAGCAGAAGAUACCAUAUUCAGAGCACUGCAAGCUUUACUUCGGAGCGCUGCAGAAAGCCAUCUCUGUAUUCAUUGGCAGCCUGGUGGAGGGCCAGCCGCCUGAGAAGUUCAUUGCCCACAGCAAGCUUGUGAUCAUGGUGGGCCAGAAGCUGGUGAACACCUUGUGCCGGGAGGCACACAGUAGGGAUACUAACCAGGACCUGCUCUGCAAGAGUAAUCACCUCUGUGCCCUGCUCAAACAGCUGGCUGUAGCCACCAAGAAAGCAGCAGUGCAUUUCCCAGAGAAAAUAGCUCUGCAGGAAGCCCAGGACUUUGCCAAAGAGUUAGCCCACAGGGCGCAACACUUUAGGACAAUGCUGGAACUCUGAUGAGCCUGAACCUAGUUAUAUCCUUCUCAAAGUCUUCAGCUGGAUGCAGGAUAUUCAAUCUAUCCCAAUCUCUGCCGUUUUCUUCAUGCAAGACAAUUUUAGGAAGACCUGUAUAUACUGUAUGUUCCCAGUUUUUCUGUUCAAGGAUAAAAUGCACAUGGUAGCAACAUGGAACUUUCUUUAAUAAUAUAGAAACAUGGAAAAGGGCCUUUGUUGAGUUAGUCCUGUUUAUUGUUUUUGUAUAAAUAAGCUUGCAUAUUUGUGAAUGGACCCAAACACCAGCUGUGGUAAACAAACAGAAAGCAAUACAUGCGUACUACAGAUAAUUUAUGCUGUGCAUUUUUGUGAAUAGCACAUAGGAAGGGAAUUAUUGGACGAAGUUCUGAACUUGUUUUGUGUGCAUUUUAUUUUAAGUAUUUUUCCCUAAUAUAUGGUAUAUUUAGAGACCAGGUAAAAGUACUCUUCGUAAAUAUUCACCAACUUUGUUCCUGACGUUUGUAAAAUCAAUAUUCUUCUUAGGUGUCAAUAUUUAGCUUUGUCUGUAGGUGUAGAGACUGUUGUAAAGCUCACCCUCAAGUUUGAUGAGAUAGGCAUUGAUUUUCAUGUUCCAUGACUUGUGCUGCCCAUAGUGUGGUUAGUACAGUAUGUAGAAUACCCACCAGCUCUUAUUGACCAUACUUGGAUCUAUAUACUAAUGAAGCCCAUUCCUCUCUCUGUCUAGUAUAUGUCCACUGGGAAUACCAGGACUGAUCAUCUUAAUCACACAAACUGAUGUGCAUGUCAAUGUGAGAUUCUACAUCAACCAUCUGCUGAUGGGAAAGAAUCCACACUGGAGCCAUAAUAUUCUCACACUUUGAAACUGCUAGGGCAGAUGUCCAAAGUGUCUCAUUUCUAAAGGUGAUCCAGCUUCAUGACUGAUCUGAUUAUCAUCCAUCUCAGGUAUACAGUCAAUGUGAUUCCACCAGAUGAGUUUCAGACUGAAUAUCCAGGAAGAUGUUUAAUUCCCUUGAAGCAUUGGAAGGGUGAAUAUGGAGCAUGCAUGACAAAGCUUGUGCCUUACUUGGUCUGAGAUCUCAGCGGUGUAACUAGUCAUCCAUGUUGACCACAUGGACAUGACAAUUCUCUUCCAGUUUGGAUAAAACUGAUUAAGAACUACAAGACAUGUCACUUGUAUAUUAAACAGAUACAGAGAAAAUAAAGAUAAUUUCAGGUUAAGCUACAUUUUAUAAUAUGUAUAUGGUUAAGCAUUACAAUACAUUUAACAUUUUAAAGAUCAAUCAACUAAAACAAAAUAAUACUAGAUUUUUAUUGAUGAAACCAGUUUUAUCAUUAACAUCUAAAAAACAACGAAAGGCGUUGAGUCAGAGUAAAUAUCCACUUAAUCAUCAGAAUUAUCAGGAAUGCAGGAAUAGAUAUGGAUAUCCCUUUUGUUGCCCUUUUGGCAAUAAAGGGUAAGCUUGAUCUACAAGGGAGAUAAUGGAAUAAUUUGCAUCAGGCCUUAUGAGUUGGAAUGCUGGAACAAUGUAAGGAUGUUCAGAGAACCAUAAAAGUGUUUUGGAAGUUACUAUGUUAACCUUUAUUUCUUUAUUAUUCUGUGACCCCAUUAUACUUUUGUACAGUGUACAAGUAAUAGAGAUUUUGUGUUAUUUUCAGCAUUUGUUUCUGUAUAAAUCUGUAAUUAUUUAUUUACCUAUUCCCGAACUGCCUUGUUUGCCAUUGUCCAUUAUCGUUGUUCUCUUUCAGCUGCACACUGUAUUUUACUGUUCUUGUAUUGCAUAUUAGCAGCAUUAUUUCAAGUUUUUUCAGUCUUAAUCAAUUUUCCCCCUUUUGUUAUUAAAAUAUCUUGAAAUUCA